GCUCCUUCCCCCGCGCCGGACCCGGAAGUGGCGGCGGGCGGGCGGGAUGGGGGAGUCGAUCCCGCUGGGCGCGCCGGUGCCGGUGGAGCAGGCCGUGCUGGAGACUUUCUUCUCCCACCUGGGCAUCUUCUCCUACGACAAGGCCAAGGACAAUGUGGAGAAGGAGCGGGAGGCCAACAAGAGCGCGGGGGCCAGCUGGCUGGCCCUGCUGGCCGGGCUGGCUCACCUGGCCGCCGCCGAGAAGGCCUACCACAGCAUGACCUUCCUGGGCCAGAAGCUAGGUGGUCAGUCAUUCUUCAGCCGAAAGGACUCCAUCCGAACCAUCUACACAUCUCUGCAUAAUGAGCUGAAGAAGGUGGUGGCGACGGGUCGCAAUGCACUAGGAGGAACAGCUCCUCACUUGGAAGAGCUGCUUUCUCACCUGUCUGAACAGCUCUGUUUUUUUGUUCAGGCUCGGAUGGAAAUUGCUGACUUCUAUGAAAAAAUGUACACGCUCAGCACCCAAAAGUUCAUUAACUCUGAGGAACUGGUAAACAUUUUGGAAUCCAUCUUAAAGAAAUACAGCUCAAGAUUUCAUCAUCCAAUCCUCAGUCCUCUUGAAAGCAGUUUCCAGCUGGAAGUAGAUGUGCUUGCACAUCUCUUAAAGGCUCAGGCUCAGAUCUCAGAGUGGAAGUUCCUUCCAUCCCUGGUCAACUUGCACAGUGCUCACACGAAACUACAGACUUGGGGCCAAAUUUUUGAGAAACAGCGAGAGACCAAGAAACAUCUGUUUGGAGGGCAGUCUCAGAAGGCUGUACAACCUCCACACCUCUUCCUCUGGCUGAUGAAGCUCAAAAACAUUCUCCUUGCCAAGUUUAGCUUUUACUUUCACGAGGCCCUUAGUCGACAAACAACAGCAUCUGAAAUGAAAACUUUGACUGCUAAAACAAAUCCUGAUUACUUUGGGAAAAUUUGCAGUUUCAUCCGGAAGUAUGAUGCUGUCAAUGUUUCCUUAAUUUUUGACAAUCGUGGAUCAGAGAGUUUUCAGGGACAUGGUUAUCAUCAUCCCCAUUCUUACAGGGAAGCCCCCAAAGGAGUGGAUCAGUACCCUGCAGUUGUGUCUCUGCCCAGUGACAGGCCCGUUAUGCACUGGCCCAAUGUAAUCAUGAUUAUGACUGAUAGAACCUCUGACCUCAACACUUUGGAGAAGGUUGUUCACUUCUACGAUGACAAAGUCCAAAGCACAUACUUUCUGACUCGUCCCGAACCUCACUUUACCAUUGUAGUUAUUUUUGAGUCCAAGAAGUCAGAGAGGGACUAUCAUUUUAUUUCUUUUCUCAAUGAAAUUUCACAUUCCCUUAAGAACUCCAAAGCUUUUGCGAGCUUGAAGCCUGGAUCCAAAGGGUAAAAUACAGACUACGUUUACGUUGAAGUUGUCAAGGCAGUAUGCCAGCCUUGAGGGAACUGGAGCUUUCAAGGUUUACAUACAUUCAUGAUUCUCAGAGUCUAAUUAAAAAGGAACCAUUAUUUUUAAUGUUAUAAGUUCCUUUUUUUUUUUUUUUUUUUUUUUUUUUUUUAAGCUAACAGACACUGGAAGAAAAGUAUUUUUGGGGCAGUACUCAGUGGGACAACUUAAUUGUGGGGUGCUAAACAGUAGGAUAUUAUUUUUUUUGUGGUUUUCAGUUUUCAGUAUGAUUUAUUUUUUCAGUCCACCACUUUGUUGCCUGUAUCAGAAAGGAAUAUAUGCACUUUAUCUUAGUCUGAUCAUUGACUGUCUUCUACAGAGUUUAUUGAAAAUGUGGUGAGGAUGGAAGAUGCUAUCUUUUCAGAAAACUGCAUUGCCUGACCGGAAUGACUUCUGAGAACUAAACAGUGAUACAAGGGAAUACUAAAAAAGGCGAACUUUCAAAGAUACGUUUUAAAUAAAAAUACAAGAAUCACAAAAGGCACUAUUGUUAAUUGUAACUUAGUUUUCAAAGGGUUUUAAAUUAUAUUUGAGGUCUCUGAUGCUCUCUGUUAUGCACCAGUCUCUCUUCUGAACACCCUGUGUCACAAAGCUUUGUCAUUGCUCCAGAACACAGGCUGGGGCAGGAAAAGCUGUAUCAUUGGCUGGAAGUCCAGUAUUCACUGGAGUGUUGUAACAUUGUGUGUCCAGUACCAGGCUUGGCUCAGAUUAACUGAAGGAAAUACACUGAGGUUGAGCAGGUAUUCUAGAAGCAGCAGCUCCAUGGAAAAAGCAGCAAAGCUCUCUUCAAAUUGUGAUUUUGUCUGGCUGACAACAACAACAAAAAUAAUUUUACAAUUAAGCCAAAUCACUUUUGGAUUUAAAUAUAUAGCCUAUGCAGUAUGUUUACCUCAUUCUAAAAUGUCUCUUUCACCACUUCUAGGCUGCAGGUUUGGAAAAAGUAUGUUUUCUGUUGUUACCCUGUAAGUGCUUUAUUUUGGAAAUCAGUAUUUCCAAAUACAAUAAAAGGGUCAGUUUGGCUGUACCUGUAGCCUUAUAUUGCAUGAUUCUUCUGACUGUUAGCUAUGCAGUUGUGCAAGCACUUUCAUGGGAACUCAGGAGGACUGAUCUGGAUCUGCUGUAUGAUACAUGUAAGUGUGGUAAAGGUCCUUAGUUGACACUGUGUAAGGCAUAACAUAAUCAGGUUUGUUUUAAAAUGGAGUUGAAGUCAGAAAGUUGCUUUCUGUUAAUACUGAAAUAUAAAAGAUACUAUUGCAGACAUGGCUUUUACCAAUUCUCUUUUUCCCACAGAAGGGUAUAUGGUAACUUGUCUUGCUUUUUGCUGCAAGUACUGAUUUCUUUACAAUCACAUAAGCAUGUUCUGUUCUCAAAAUGUAAACUCUGACUUUCCACUUUGUGCCAAAUAGAACUUCCCGUGCUUUGCUAUGAUUGUAUGUUAGUCUGUCGUGAAUACCUCUGCUACUGCCUUUCACCUAAAGUCUUAGUCUGACUGUAGUAUCACUCUCGAAAGUUUAGGAGUCUGCUCUUUGCCAUUGGAAAAUAACAGGAGUUGCAAAUGUACCUGCAACUGGAGGGCAUCUGGUUGUAACAGCGUUACACUUUGCAGCUUGAAUUGCCGUUUUAGUAGGACAAAGUUGCAAAUGACAGUAUUGAGAGAGCUUGUGUGCUUCCCUGGUGGGACAGUGACCUUGUAAUAACAUUGUAUUAUUCACUUCCUCAGCCUGAGUAACAUAAAAGAGACUGUUGCCAGAACUGAUUCUCAGUCUUCAGCAGUGUAAUAAAGUGUUGUACAAAUUUU